GCAUCCUCAGAAAUACAUGAACAACUUUAAUAAGUAUCUUUAUAUUUUAGAUGGUGAGGCUGAAAAAUCACUAACUAAUAUGCUUGAGUCUGAGAGCAGCUUUGAAGUGUGGAAAAAACAGGUUUCUGAAUAUAAAUCUUGGAUCAACAAAUUUAUGUACACUGCAGACAAAAUAGUUGAUCUCGGAAUGUUCCAGUUGGAUUUUCAGGAACUUUAUGAGUCUUUAGCAAGCCAAACAGAGAGCCUUUUGGAAAAAUUAUUGAAUCACAUCUCAAAUGAGCAGCAGGAAGAAAGUAAAAGGAUUUGUGACGAGUACAAACAAGUUGUAGAUAAAGCCUUAUCGAUACCAAAAAACACUCAGGAGUUGAUGAUCUCUAAGGCAUUUGUUGAAGAUGUGAAGAAAAACAAACUGCCACAGCUAAAAGAUGCCUUAAUGGAGUCCUGUCAUCAAAUAUCUUACAUUGUGGAGUACCUUCCACUUUCACCCUUAGAAAUCCAACAAAAUUCUGAAGCAUUUCAGUGGCAAGCUGGUAUGGAUGAAGUCUUCAUUAACCACCAUGCUAUUAUACAAGAAAAAGAAGUUGAAUUUCAAGAAGCCCUAAAGGUUUGUAGAGAGAUGUUUAUCGAUGAGUUAGAGAGUUAUAGUAUUCAAAUUGAGGAAUUGAUGACAAUGGGAGAGCUGGAAGAGGUGUCUAGAUACUUGAAGAAAGCUAGAGAACUAGAAAAACACCUUCAGGAAGCUGCUGAUAAAGUUGACCAGUUUAAUAUGGAAGAAGAAUCAUAUGGAUGGUCAACAACAAACUAUCCUCAAAGACCACAGUUGCUGUCAAAACUUCUACCAUAUCUGAAGCUAUAUGAAGUUACUGUUGAUUUCAACAUGAAACACAGUGCUUGGUUAGAAGGACCACUUAGAGCAGUAAACCCUGAUCUUGUGGAACAAGAAGUUGGUAACUACUGGCGGAUCGUGUAUAAAUUGGAAAAAACCUUUAAUGAUUCCCCAGCUGCCAAGAAAAUUACUCUACAAGUCAAGACUAAAGUUGAAGACUUUAAAGACAACUUGCCUUUAAUCCAAACCUUGUGCAACCCAGGUCUACGAGACCGUCAUUGGGAACAGAUUUCAGAUGCAAUUGGUUUUCCACUUCGUGCUGAUGACAACACUACACUGGCUAAGAUCAUAGACCUGAGCCUUGAUGAGUUUGUGUCUCAGUUUGAAUUAAUAAGUGAAUCAGCCAGCAAAGAAUACAGUCUGGAAAAAGCCUUGGAAAAAAUGAUACAAGAAUGGGAUGAUAUGGAGUUUGUCAUGGUGCCAUAUCGAGAAACAGGAACCUAUAUACUCUCAUCUGUAGAUGAUAUUCAACUUCUCUUGGAUGAUCACAUUGUUAAAACCCAAACUAUGAGAGGUUCACCUUUCAUCAAGCCCCUUGAAAAAGAAAUUAAAGAGUGGGAACACAAGUUAUUGAUGCUACAAGAGAUAAUUGAUGAGUGGUUAAAAGUUCAAGCUACAUGGUUGUAUCUAGAGCCAAUCUUUAGCUCCCCUGAUAUUAUGGCUCAAAUGCCAGAGGAGGGAAGACGCUUCACAACUGUUGACAAAAACUGGAGAGACACCAUGAAGGCUGCUGUUGUAGACCGACAUGUAUUGGCAGUUCUCCAGGUUGAGAAAAUUCUAGAGAAACUGAAGAAAUCCAAUGAGUUGUUGGAACUGAUUCAAAAGGGCUUAAAUGACUACCUGGAGAAAAAACGCUUGUAUUUUCCAAGGUUUUUCUUCUUAUCUAAUGAUGAACUUCUAGAAAUCUUGUCAGAAACAAAAGAUCCAAAAAGAGUUCAGCCUCACCUGAAGAAGUGCUUUGAAGGGAUUGCAGAACUUCACUUCACAGAUUAUCUAGAUGUAACUCAUAUGAAGAGCAGUGAGGGUGAGGAGAUAGAGUUGACAGAAGCAAUAUCUACCUCUCGUGCUAGAGGACAGGUAGAGAAAUGGCUUUUAGAGCUAGAGGGGAUUAUGAAAGAUAGCAUUCACAAAGUGAUAUCUAAGUCUAUUGGAUCAUAUUGUGAAUCUCCUCGUCAGUCUUGGGUAAUGAACUGGCCAGGACAAGCUAUUCUCUGUGUUUCUCAGACAUAUUGGACAGCAGACAUUCAUCAGGCAAUAAAGAAUGGACAAGUAGCUUUGGAUGAAUACUUGGAACAAAACAAUAGACAGAUAGAGAAAGUUGUGACCUUAGUGAGAGGAAAUCUUCCUAAACAGACACGGACCACCCUUGGAGCUCUAGUUGUAUUGGAUGUGCAUGCUCGGGAUGUGUUGGCUACUCUAAUAGAAAACAAAGUGUCAUCUGAGAAUGACUUUACAUGGUUGAGUCAACUUAGAUAUUAUUGGCAGGAUGAAAAAAUGAUAACAUGUAUGAUAAACUCAUCUUUGAUGUAUGGCUAUGAAUAUUUGGGAAACACUGGUCGUCUUGUUAUCACUCCUCUCACUGAUCGCUGCUACCGUACCCUCUUUGGAGCAUUGCAUCUUCAUUUGGGUGGUGCUCCUGAAGGACCAGCAGGCACUGGGAAGACUGAAACCACAAAGGACUUGGCCAAAGCUGUUGCAAAGCAGUGUGUCGUAUUCAAUUGUUCAGAUGGCCUGGACUAUAUUGCUUUAGGAAAGUUUUUCAAGGGUCUUGCUUCCUGUGGUGCCUGGUCCUGUUUUGAUGAGUUUAAUCGCAUUGAUUUAGAAGUUUUAUCUGUAGUAGCCCAGCAGAUCUUAACUAUCCAACGAGGGAUUCUUACAAAAGUUGAAACUCUUCUAUUUGAAGGAACAGAAAUCAACUUAAAUCCAACCUGUUCUGUAUUUAUCACCAUGAAUCCUGGUUAUGCAGGUCGUUCAGAGCUUCCAGACAACUUGAAGGCUUUAUUUCGAUCUGUGGCAAUGAUGGUUCCAGAUUACGCUCUUAUAGCUGAGAUUGUCUUAUAUUCUUGUGGAUUCGUAAAUGCUAGACCACUUGCAGUGAAGAUUGCAGCUACAUAUAGACUUUGUUCAGAACAACUGUCUUCCCAAAGCCACUAUGAUUAUGGAAUGAGAGCAGUAAAAUCAGUUCUAACAGCAGCUGGGAAUUUAAAGCUGAAGUAUCCAGAAGAAAGUGAAGACAUACUGGUGUUAAGGUCAAUUAAAGAUGUCAAUCUACCCAAAUUUUUGUCCCAUGACUUACCAUUGUUUGCUGGUAUCACUUCUGAUCUCUUCCCUGGUGUAGAACUCCCAACUCCAGACUAUGAAUACUUGAAUGCAGCUGUACAAGAAAAUUGUGAAAGAGCCAACCUGCAGUGUACUGAUGUUUUCUUAGAAAAAAUCCAGCAGAUCUAUGAAAUGAUGAUUGUACGACAUGGAUUUAUGAUAGUUGGUUUACCUUUUGGUGGAAAAACAAGUGCUUAUCGUGUUCUAGCAUCAGCUCUAGGUGACCUACAUGAUAAGGGCCUAAUGGAUGAAAAUAAAGUUCAAAUAACAAUUAUAAAUCCAAAAGCUAUUACUAUGGGCCAGCUGUAUGGACAGUUUGACCCUGUGUCUCAUGAGUGGUCAGAUGGUAUAUUGGCUGUCAGCUACCGAUCAUUUUCUGUAUCAAUGAGUCCUGACAGAAAAUGGCUUAUUUUUGAUGGUCCUGUUGAUGCAGUUUGGAUUGAAAACAUGAAUACAGUUUUAGAUGACAAUAAAAAGCUAUGUUUGAUGAGUGGAGAAAUAAUACAGCUGUCUCCAACAACAAAUCUAAUUUUUGAACCCAUGGAUUUGGAAGCUGCAUCCCCUGCCACUGUGUCCCGAUGUGGUAUGAUCUACAUGGAGCCCACAGCAUUAGGAUGGAGACCAUUGCUACAUUCCUGGCUGAAGACCCUCCCUGCUACUUUAGAUACAUCUACCUACCAUGAGAUGCUGAUCUCUCUUUUUGAAUAUUAUUGUCCCCCUCUUCUUGCUCUUGUGCUUCAAAACCCUUCAUGGGAGCUGUCCCCUACCACAGAAGCCAACCGAGUCAUGUCUUUAAUGAACCUUAUGGAUUGCUUGUUAGAUGACAUAAAAGAUGAGAAAGUAAUGAAAGACAUCUCUGAAGACACUGUGUGUAUGUGGCUAGAGUGUUUUUUUCUCUUCUCUGCUGUAUGGUCAUUGGGUGGAACUCUUAAUGAAACUGGAAGAAAAUCAUUCAAUAUGAUCUUUCGUGAAUUAAUGGAGGGGACUUUGUCUAAAGAAAUCCAAGAGAUGGUAGUUGAGAGCAAUAAAAAAAUUCCAUUUGAUUUGAAACAACCAAUACCCUCAAAAAACACAGUGUUUAGCUACAAAUUUGACAGAAAGGCUGGUGAGAAUGGAAAAUGGACUAGGUGGCAGGAUCAACUGGAAGAAGUGCCACCUAUCCCUCGUGAGGCACAAGUUCACCAGAUCAUUGUUCCUACUAUUGACACUGUUUGUUACACAACCUUGCUGUCAUUGUUGGUAUCUCAUGAAAAACCUACGUUACUUAUUGGUCCCACAGGCACUGGGAAGUCUGUCUAUAUUACCGACUAUUUACUGAACAAAAUGGAUGGGCAAGUGUACAAACCAUUGUUUAUUAACUUCUCAGCACAAACAAGUGCUAACCAAACCCAAGAUAUUAUAAUGAGUAAAUUAGACAAGCGAAGAAAGGGUGUUUUUGGACCUCCUCUAGGGAAAAAAAUGGUGGUGUUUGUAGAUGAUUUAAACAUGCCACAAAGAGAGACGUAUGGAGCUCAACCUCCCAUAGAGUUGCUACGACAAUGGCUAGAUCACUAUACUUGGUAUGACAGAAAGGAAGUCAUACCUCUUCGUUUGGUAGAUGUCCAGUUGAUUGCAGCUAUGGGGCCUCCUGGUGGAGGUCGUAAUCCAAUUACUCCGCGUUUCCUCAGACAUUUCAAUGCUGUCACUAUUAAUGAAUUUAAUGAUGAAAUCAUGACAACUAUCUUCAAUCGUAUUCUUACAUGGCAUCUAGAAAGCAGGGGAUUCAGCAGGGACUUUGAGCCUUGCAUUGAAGAGCUAGUUCAGGGUACUCUUGCGAUAUAUAAAGAAGCAAUGACCUGUUUAUUGCCAACACCAAAGAAAUCUCAUUACCUGUUCAACCUACGAGACUUUUCACGUGUUGUCCAAGGCUUGUUACUUUCUUUACCAGAAACUAUUGAAGAUCAAGCUUCUUUUAAAAGAUUGUUUGUACAUGAGGUAUUUAGGGUUUUUUAUGAUCGCUUGGUUGAUGAUGAUGACCGAAGAUGGCUGUACGAGUAUAUCCAGAAAGUGUCAAAAGACCAUCUGCACAUUAACUUUCAUACACUUAUGGCAAGACUGGACCUGAAUGAAGAUGGGGUUGUUGAGGAAUGUGACUUAAGAUCUCUAAUCUACUGUGAUUUUGCAGACCCAAAAUCAGACACACGGAACUACACAGAGGUUCAUGACAUCACACAUCUUCGUACUAUCACAGAAGGUUUUCUAGAAGAAUUUAAUAAUGUUAGCAAGAAACCAAUGAACUUAGUUUUAUUUAGAUUUGCUAUAGAACACCUAUGUAGAAUAUCUCGAAUUUUGAAGCAACCUCGGAGCCAUGCUCUGUUAGUUGGAGUGGGAGGGUCAGGUCGACAGUCUAUGACUCGUCUAGCUGCUCAUAUUGCUGAUUAUGAAAUAUUUCAAGUGGAAAUUAGUAAAGGUUAUACAAAAUCUGAGUGGCGUGAAGACUUGAAGCAUAUCCUGAGAAAGUCAACUUCCAGUGAACAGCAUGGAGUCUUUUUGUUUUCUGAUACCCAGAUCAAGGAGGAAUCUUUUGUAGAAGAUAUCAACAAUUUGUUGAAUGCUGGAGAAGUUCCCAAUCUGUUUGCUCCUGAUGAGAAACAAGAAAUUUGUGAGAAAAUGAGACAGAUAGACAGACAACGAGACAGAGCCCAACAGACAGAUGGCUCUCCAGUUGCACUAUUUAACAUGUUUCUUCAACGAGUCAGAGAACAACUUCAUGUAGUUCUAGCUAUGAGCCCCAUAGGGGAUUCUUUCAGGACUCGACUUCGCAGAUUUCCCUCUUUGGUAAACUGCUGCACUAUCGAUUGGUUUCAGUCUUGGCCUGAAGAUGCUUUGGAAGCUGUUGCAAGUCGGUACUUGGAAGAUGUUGAACUAGCUCCUGAGGAAAGGGAAGGUUGCAUUAUUAUGUGCAAGCACUUACACAACACUACUGAAGCUCUGUCUGCCAGGUUUCUUAGUGAAUUACAGAGAUACAAUUAUGUUACACCUACUUCCUACCUGGAGCUUAUUUCUACUUUCAAGUCCCUGCUAGAGAAGAAGAGAGGGAUUGUGAUGAAACAAAAACGACGUUAUGAGGUUGGGCUAGAAAAGUUGGCUCAUGCUGCUAGCCAGGUAUCUCUAAUGCAGACUGAACUUACUGAACUCCAACCACAACUGGUAAUUGCUAGUCAACAAGUUGAUGAGAUCAUGAUUGUGGUAGAAAAAGAAUCAGCAGAAGUUGCUGAAGUGGAGCGGGUGGUGAAAGCUGAUGAGGCUAUUGCAAAUGAGCAGGCUGAAGCUGCUCAGGCCAUUAAAAAUGAAUGUGAUACUGAUUUAGCAGAAGCAGUGCCAAUAUUAGAAGCUGCUUUGGCAGCACUCAACACAUUAACCCCAGCUGAUAUUACUAUUGUAAAAACUAUGAAGAGUCCUCCUGCAGGGGUUAAGCUUGUUAUGGAAGCAAUUUGUAUCCUGAAAGGUAUCAAGCCAGACCGUAUUCCUGACCCUUCUGGAAGUGGCAAAAUGGUAGAAGAUUUCUGGGGACCUUCUAAGCGUCUUCUUGGAGAUAUGAAGUUUUUAGAAAGCUUAACAAACUAUGACAAGGACAACAUCCCUGUUAAGUCAGUUAAAACUAUUAGAGAUAAAUACACUUCAAAUGCUGACUUUGAUCCAGAGAAAAUAAAAGCAGCUUCCACUGCUGCAGAGGGAUUGUGUAGAUGGGUGAUAGCUAUGGAAGCCUAUGACAGAGUUGCCAAAGUUGUAGCUCCUAAAAAAGAAGCACUUGCCAAGGCUGAGUCAGAACUUGCAGUAGCCAUGGAAGCUCUAGAAACAAAACGAGCUUCUUUAAGAGAAGUUCAAGCCAAACUAGCUAACUUACAAGAAACUUUAGAAGCCAACAAACGUAAAAAGAUGGACCUGGAAAAAGAGGUUGAACUUUGUUCAAAGAAACUGGAAAGAGCUGAACAGUUAAUAGGAGGUCUUGGUGGAGAGAAAGAUAGAUGGAGUCUAGCAGCAGAGAAAUUAGGUGAAGUUUACUGUAACCUAACUGGAGAUGUUCUUAUAUCUGCUGCCAUUGUGGCUUAUCUUGGAGCAUUUACUUCAUCAUUUAGACAAAAACAAAUAGAAUCCUGGGUGGUGACAUGCCAACAACAUGACAUUCCCUGUUCAAAAGACUUUUCCCUUACACAAACACUUGGGGACCCUGUUAUUAUUAGAACUUGGACCAUUGCUGGCCUUCCAACAGAUAAUUUUUCGAUAGAAAAUGGUAUUAUGAUCAGCAAUGCCCGACGUUGGCCUCUUUUGAUUGAUCCUCAAGGACAGGCAAAUAAGUGGAUCAAGAACAUGGAGAAAGAUAACAACCUGCAUGUGAUAAAGCUUAACGAUGCUGAUUUUGUAAGAACCUUGGAAAAUUGCAUUCAAUUUGGCAAUCCUGUACUAUUAGAGAAUGUAGGAGAAGAAUUAGAUCCUGUACUAGAGCCAUUACUUUUGAAACAAACCUUUAAGCAAGGUGGUUCCAUAUGCAUGAAACUAGGGGACUCUACCAUUGAAUAUUCCUCAAACUUUCGUUUCUACAUAACCACUAAGCUAAGGAACCCACAUUAUCUUCCAGAAGCAGCCGUAAAGGUCACCCUAGUAAAUUUUAUGAUCACACCAGCUGGAUUAGAAGACCAACUCUUGGGAAUUGUUGUAGCCAAGGAAAGACCAGAAUUAGAGGAGGAAAAAAAUGAACUGAUUAUUCAGGGUGCUGAAAAUAAAAGACAAUUGAAAGAGAUUGAGGACAAGAUAUUGGAAGUCUUAUCAAGUUCUCAAGGCAAUAUUUUGGAAGAUGAAACAGCUAUUAAAAUCUUAUCGUCUUCUAAAGUACUUGCUAAUGAAGUGUCAGAGAAGCAGAUUGGGUACCGGACUACUGAACUUUUAGGCUGUUGCAGAAGAAACUGAAAAGAAAAUUGAUAACACUCGAAUGGGAUACAAGCCAAUAGCCAAGCACUCAUCAGUGUUGUUUUUCACCAUUACUGACUUGGCCAACAUUGAUCCUAUGUAUCAGUAUUCCUUACCAUGGUUCAUCACACU